GUUUAUCGCUAUGUAGUUUUGCUGUGUAAUAAAUAUAGUCUCAACGUACGGGCACGCUGUGCGCUCGUCUUCACAAACUAAGGGGCCCACCCUUUUUAACAAGAGUGCACAGUUUUGCUCUGGGGCCCGCGAUGCUGUUAAAACGCCCCUGGCUAUUGAAUUUUCUCAAUAUUUGACAGGAUAAAUGUCGUAAAAAUUAAGAAUUCAUUGAGUAAGUCGCAUCCUUUGGAUGGGGUACUCGGACGUUCCGCCAGGAUUGUAAUUAGCAUUGCAAUUAUCGUCAAAAAUCGAAUGAGUCUGCUGACCACCGCUGACUAUCGCUAACCACCUCUGUACCGAUAAAGAAACCCGUCAAGUUUCGAAACCACUAAUCGCCUCCAAUUUACGACGUCCACAUGCCACGGGUAACCCCGGGAUCGAAACGAGCUCAUCAAAAGUUUCGGCGCAUUCCCCGAAGAACAACGACCACCGAAAUAAACGCUCUCUCUCCCCCUCUCUCUCUCUCUCUCCCUCCACCCUGUUCCCUAUUUAAUGAUUCUCGCGCCUCGCUCGAAGCGUCUUUCACCUGUGCACGGGCAGCAUCGUUCGGGGGGAUAAAGGAAACCACGAAGUCCGAGGAAGAGAGCAAGGGACGCGAUUAUGAGGAAAAAGAAGGAAUGGAAACGGUGGCAGAGAGCGGUCGACCGAAGGGUGGGGGUACCGCGAGCACGGUGGGCCUGUUUGGGACUUGACGCAGGCGGAAGGAGCAGGAGGAGGGGGCGAGCGUAGACCAGGAACGAUCGAGAUCGUCAGUAGGUCACUGGGACGUGGCUCGUGGCCGAGACGAGCGUGGAUUGCGCCUUCAGUCAGUCCCCGUUGGCCAAGGUAGCCACCUCUGGGCCCGUCCAGUCGCGGCAGACAGCCAGAGUUCCCCUUUUUCCUUUUUUUUUUUUUUCACUUCCACGGGAAAAGGAAGCACCGCUCGCGCUCGGGCCCGAUGACGAACAACUGACGCCGCGAGUCACGGGGUUAUUUCGUGUGACCGACGACGUGCUCCAGUGGGGGGCGAAGAGGGACCAGCACGAGAAUUUCGAAGAUAUUCGGAGGAUCUUCUAGGUGACAGUGCUUCGACACCGAGGACACGAUCGAGGUGCAUCGAUCUCUUCGCUUCCGAGAGGACAUACGCAUGAUGGAGUGGACGUGGUGGAGUAUACGGAAGACAGCUUUAAUUUUGUUGCUGCCUUUGCUAUUGGCUAGAGUAAAAUGCGACGCCCCAUUGGUCGACAGCAGCGCGCUGCCGUUGGAGCACAGGUCCGUUUACGGGGCCCCGGCACAGUACGGUCCCCCAGUGACGCACGGUGCCGAGGAGAACUGGCCCCUGGCGUCUCCUGACACACCCCAAAUAAAACACCUGCAGGUCCAAUGCGAGAAGACGCACAUGCGCGUCAACAUCGAGUUCGAUCGACCGUUCUACGGUAUGAUCUUCAGCAAGGGCUUCUACUCGGACUCUCACUGCGUUCACUUAAAGCCGGGUACGGGCCACCUGAGCGCAACUUUCGAGAUCUUCCUGAACUCCUGCGGGAUGAGCUCCUCGGCUAACCACAACGUGGCGGCCUACGGGGCGCCCACGCCGUCGGGAAGCUACGUGGAGAACACCAUAAUCGUUCAGUACGAUCCCUACGUGCAGGAAGUGUGGGACCAGGCGAGGAAGCUGCGUUGCACCUGGUACGACUUCUACGAGAAGGCCGUGACCUUCAGGCCGUUCCAAGUAGACAUGCUGCACGCCGUCACGGCGAACUUCCUGGGCGACAAUCUCCAAUGUUGGAUGCAGAUACAGGUCGGCAAGGGACCGUGGGCCAGCGAGGUGUCCGGCAUCGUGAAGAUCGGACAGACCAUGACGAUGGUCUUGGCCAUCAAGGACGACGAGAAUAAAUUCGACAUGUUGGUGAGGAACUGUGUGGCUCACGAUGGCAAGAGGGCGCCUAUUCAGCUGGUGGACCAGUAUGGCUGCGUCGUCAGGCCCAAGAUUAUGUCCAGGUUCCAAAAGAUAAAGAACUUCGGACCAAGCGCCUCAGUCGUCAGCUUCGCCUACUUCCAAGCUUUCAAGUUCCCAGACAGUAUGAACGUCCACUUCCAGUGCGUCAUACAAGUCUGUCGCUACAACUGUCCAGAGCCUAAAUGUGGACACCCCGGUUUGGAGUACGGCGCUCCCGCCAACGGUUUAUCUCAGGAAUACGCAGCAGCGGUGCAUCAGAGCCUUGGCUCGGAAUAUGGGGCGCCUCCGGUACCGGAGUACGGCGUACCACCGGCGUUUGCCGAUCCCAGACACCCCAGCGGACCUGCUGGAGCGUACAGCGAACCGAACGCAGACGUGGUGCCGGCGCCGCAAGCGCAAACCUCAUCCUCCUCGCCCAGUUCGACGCCUGGUGACGCGACGGCCAGCAGCUCGCCGCAAAGUCCACAGGAUAACAUUCACCUACCUCCACCCCCUCUUCCUGGUCACCCAGCGGCUGCCUACCAGACCGUGAAGAGAAAGGGAACCGCCGGUUCCGAGGAGCUCGAGGGCAACCUGGCCACCCUCGGGGGUCGGCCGAGGUCGGUAGAAGGUUUUCCAGCCGAGCUUAGGGGUGCCAGGAGGCGAAGGUCCGACGACCUCGAUCAUCUGGAAGAUGACGAUUCCAGUAUCUACCGAACCGUCACCUUGGUCUCGACCCACGUGUACAAGCGAGCAGCCCAAGAGAUGACGGACGUGAACACCUCGAGGACGAUUCAGGUGGUUGCUCCAGGCGACGUGAACUUCGCCCUGGGGACGACGAACUCCAGCAACGACACCACGGUGGUGAUUCAGAACGCCAGCGCCUCCGCCGAUCCCGAGACGAUCUGCAUGAGCCUCCCAGGAUUCGUCGGUGGCUUGGUGAUGCUUCUCCUGGUGGUGGUCGUCGCCUCGCUGGUCGCGGCGUUCCUCUUCGUCAGGGUGCGCGCCGUGGACCGGAAGAACGUCGGUAUGGCGGGCACCAGCUUCGUGCAUCCGGCGUACGCAACGGAGAACUGCAGCGUGCCCAAUCCAGAGUUCGUGAAGGUGGCCAACUGAGAC